AGGAGGUGGCCGCGCGAGCGAGGGCGGGGACGGCCCGGCGUCCCGUGUGGAGGUGCGAGCCGCUGUGAGCCGCCGGAGCGCGGAGGGCAGUGCGGGGCCGCCUGCCCGCCGGGAUUUGAAGACUGUAUCAUCCUGCCAUCAAUACCAGCAGUUUUUCUGUUCUGUGAUCAAUGUGGCUCACAGGGACUUCUUAAGUAGUAAACGACAUGAGCCAGGGGCGUGGAAAGUAUGACUUUUAUAUUGGUCUGGGAUUGGCUAUGAGCUCCAGCAUUUUCAUUGGAGGGAGUUUCAUUCUGAAAAAAAAAGGCCUCUUGCGACUUGCCAGAAAAGGCUCCAUGAGAGCAGGUCAAGGUGGCCACGCAUAUCUUAAAGAAUGGUUGUGGUGGGCUGGACUGCUGUCAAUGGGAGCUGGCGAGGUGGCCAACUUCGCUGCGUACGCGUUUGCACCAGCCACGUUAGUGACCCCGUUGGGAGCUCUCAGCGUCCUAGUAAGUGCUAUUCUCUCUUCAUACUUUCUAAAUGAAAGACUUAAUCUUCAUGGGAAAAUUGGAUGUCUGCUAAGUAUUUUAGGAUCCACAGUUAUGGUCAUUCAUGCUCCAAAAGAAGAGGAGAUAGAGACCUUAGAUGAAAUGUCUCACAAGCUAGGUGAUCCAGGUUUUGUGGUCUUCGCAACACUUGUGGUCAUUGUGUCCUUGAUACUAAUCUUUGUGGUGGGACCUCGCCACGGACAGACAAACAUCCUUGUGUACAUAACAAUCUGCUCUGUAAUAGGAGCAUUUUCUGUCUCCUGUGUGAAAGGCCUGGGCAUUGCCAUCAAAGAGCUGUUUGCGGGAAAGCCUGUGCUGCAGGGUCCCUUGGCCUGGAUUCUUCUGCUGAGCCUGACAGUCUGUGUGAGCACACAGAUUAAUUACUUAAACAGGGCCCUGGAUAUAUUCAACACCUCAAUUGUGACUCCAAUAUAUUACGUAUUCUUUACCACAUCGGUUUUAACAUGUUCAGCUAUUCUCUUUAAGGAGUGGCAAGAUAUGCCUGUCGAUGAUGUCAUUGGUACUCUGAGUGGCUUCUCUACAAUCAUUGUGGGAAUAUUCUUGUUGCAUGCCUUUAAAGAUGUCAGCUUUAGCUUAGCAAGUCUGCCUGUGUCUUUUCGAAAAGACGAUAAAGCAGCGAAUGGUAAUCUCUCUAAUAUGUAUGAGAUUCUUAAUAGCGAAGAAACCUUAGCCUGUGGAAUUGAACAACACACUGGUGAAAAUGUUUCCCGAAGGAAUGGAAAUCUGACAGCUUUUUAGGAGAUAUAAUUAAAAGGCUAAUCUAUAAUUCUGUUUUAAAAUGAAUUUGAAUGUCAGAAUGUGUCUGAAAAAGAAUUGUCCUCAAAUAAUGUUCUCUAAAGACAAUCUUUUUUAAGGUUUCACUGAGUUGGACCAAGAAAUUACUUUUCUCACAUCUAAAUGAUGGUAGCUCACUACAGUGACCUUAGUACCUGGCCGAUUUCUGUUUCUAUGAACACUGUAUUACUGUAGAGGCAUUUUGAAGUUUGAUUCCUUCACCAAAAACUAAGUGCACUAACGACAAUUUUAAGUCUAUAAAAAUGCUUUAUUUUUCAUUGGUGAUAAAAGCGUCAAGUAUGCAUUUGUUACCUCCAGUCUGUCAAGUCCUGACCAUUUUAGGCAUUUUGGUAUAAAAAAUAACAAAGUCAUCCCAAUCCAUUACCUCAUGGUUUACCUUACCUACGAACACGACUCCUGUUUGAUGAAUUCUUUUAAUUUUGAACUGUUAGUUUAAGUUACUAGACAAGGGAACAUUCUAGACCACAAAAAGGUAGGAAAUCGCCUCCCAAAAAACGCUUUCAGGCUGUGACUUAGUUACCGUACAUAUGAUUUCCCGUAUACAUCUGACGGACUUCUUAGACGACAGCUUUGUUGAGCCCACUGUAUCUUGCAUCUUUUGGGGCUGGGCUCUUGGAGUCAGCCAGCUUUAUUUUUCAGUUACUGGAAUCUUGAGAUGUCUGAAAGUUUAUCAUUUUACUUCAGCUCUUACUCUUUUCCGUGUGUUUUCACAAUAUGUCAUUUAUGCCUUUUAACAACUCUGGGAAAUGAAGUCAGAAGACUAGGAUUAUAUCUUAAAUUUAGUUUAUAAUAAAAGACAAAACAAA